CGGCGGUGGCUGUGGUCUGGGUGGCUGGAACUCGGGUGGUGAAGAGGCGGUGGCGGCGGCAGUUGCUGAAGGAGCGGCAGCCGUCCCAGCCACUUCCCCUGUGCUUCCCUUCCUCUUUAGUGCAGCCAGGAAGUUUUUCGCUUCUGUGCAUGUGUGUGUGUGCCGGAGUGUGGGUGUGUAAAGUGAAGGUUUGGGCGGCGUUUGUGCAGGCGUAGGGUUUUUGCCCACUUCGCUACCCGUAACCCGGGCAGCUCUAGAGCCUGGGCUGUGGCCCGAGGAGGGGGCGCGGCGGCAGGCUCUCUUCUUUUGUUGUUGUUUCCUUUGCCUGGGGAGCUGAAGGGGGGGACGCGCCUGGGUGGGGUGACUCGGAGCCGGGGCCUGGUGGCCCCCGGGGCUCCCGGGCUUGUAGAGUAGGGCAGAGUAGAGCGGGCUUCAACAUGAUGGCGGCCGAGGCCGGCAGUGAGGAGGGCAGCCCGGUGACCGCCGGGGCCGGAGGUGGAGGCGGCGCGGCGGCUGGCUCCAGUGGUUAUCCUGCUGUAUGUCGGAUGAAGAUAGCUGCGACUCUGCCUGUGGCAGCCGCCCCCUGUCCUGGGCUGACUGAGGCCGGAGUGGUCGGGACUCUGGGUGGCGGAUCCUCCUUCGGGCCAGGGUUCCUGGGAGCCGGGUCUGUUGCGGGGGCACUGGGGGGAGCCGGACUGACAGGGGGAGGUACUACUGCUGGCGUGGCUAGUGCUGCCCACGGCCCUAGUGGGGACAUGGCUCUCACCAAAGGGACCACUCCGUUGCUUACUGAGACCCCAGGGCCAGGCGGCGGUUUCCCCCCUCUGCCGCCCCCUCCUCAACUGCCUCCUUUGGGCGCUGGUCUGGGAACAGUGGACGAAGGUGACUCUCUGGAUGGACCAGAAUAUGAGGAAGAAGAGGUGGCCAUCCCGCUGACCGCUCCUCCAACUAAUCAGUGGUAUCAUGGAAAACUUGAUAGAACUAUAGCAGAAGAACGCCUCAGGCAGGCUGGGAAGCCUGGCAGUUACCUUAUAAGAGAGAGUGAUCGGAGGCCAGGGUCCUUUGUACUUUCAUUUCUUAGCCAGACAAAUGUUGUCAACCAUUUUAGGAUUAUUGCUAUGUGUGGAGAUUACUACAUUGGUGGAAGACGUUUUUCUUCACUGUCAGACCUAAUAGGUUAUUAUAGUCAUGUUUCUUGUUUACUUAAAGGAGAAAAAUUACUUUAUCCAGUUGCACCACCAGAGCCAGUAGAAGAUAGAAGACGUGUGCGAGCCAUUCUACCUUACACAAAAGUUCCUGACACCGAUGAAAUAAGUUUCUUAAAAGGUGAUAUGUUUAUUGUUCAUAAUGAGUUAGAAGAUGGAUGGAUGUGGGUUACAAAUCUAAGAACAGAUGAGCAAGGCCUUAUUGUUGAAGACCUAGUAGAAGAAGUGGGCCGAGAAGAAGAUCCACAUGAAGGCAAAAUAUGGUUCCAUGGGAAGAUUUCCAAACAAGAAGCUUAUAACCUACUAAUGACAGUUGGCCAGGUCUGCAGUUUUCUUGUGAGGCCUUCAGAUAAUACUCCUGGUGACUAUUCACUUUAUUUUCGGACCAAUGAAAAUAUUCAGCGAUUUAAGAUAUGUCCAACACCAAACAAUCAGUUUAUGAUGGGAGGCCGAUACUAUAACAGCAUUGGGGACAUCAUAGAUCACUAUCGAAAAGAACAGAUUGUUGAAGGGUAUUAUCUUAAGGAACCUGUACCAAUGCAGGAUCAAGAGCAAGUUCUCAAUGAUGCAGUAGAUGGCAAGGAAAUCUAUAAUACAAUUCGUCGUAAAACAAAGGAUGCCUUUUAUAAAAAUAUUGUAAAAAAGGGUUAUCUUCUAAAAAAGGGCAAAGGAAAACGGUGGAAAAAUUUAUAUUUUAUCUUAGAAGGCAGUGAUGCCCAACUUAUUUAUUUUGAAAGUGAAAAAAGAGCUACAAAACCAAAAGGAUUAAUAGAUCUCAGUGUAUGUUCUGUCUAUGUUGUUCAUGAUAGUCUUUUUGGCAGGCCAAACUGUUUUCAGAUAGUAGUUCAGCACUUUAGUGAAGAACAUUACAUCUUUUACUUUGCAGGAGAAACUCCAGAGCAAGCAGAGGACUGGAUGAAAGGUCUGCAGGCAUUUUGCAAUUUACGAAAAAGUAGUCCAGGGACAUCUAAUAAACGCCUGCGUCAGGUCAGCAGUCUUGGUUUACACAUUGAAGAAGCCCAUAAGCUCCCAGUAAAACAUUUUACUAACCCUUAUUGUAACAUCUACCUGAAUAGUGUCCAGGUAGCAAAAACUCAUGCAAGAGAAGGUCAGAACCCUGUUUGGUCUGAAGAGUUUGUCUUUGAUGAUCUUCCUCCUGAUAUCAACAGAUUUGAAAUAACUCUUAGUAAUAAAACAAAGAAAAGCAAAGAUCCUGAUAUUUUAUUUAUGCGUUGCCAGUUGAGUCGAUUACAAAAAGGACAUGCCACAGAUGAAUGGUUUCUGCUCAGCUCCCACAUACCAUUAAAAGGUAUUGAACCAGGAUCCUUGCGUGUCCGAGCACGAUAUUCCAUGGAAAAAAUCAUGCCAGAAGAAGAGUACAGUGAAUUUAAAGAGCUUAUACUACAAAAAGAACUUCAUGUAGUCUAUGCAUUAUCACAUGUGUGUGGACAAGACCGAACACUACUGGCUAGCAUCUUGCUGAAGAUAUUUCGUCAUGAAAAGCUUGAAUCAUUGUUGCUAUGUACACUAAAUGACAGAGAAAUAAGCAUGGAAGAUGAAGCUACUACUCUGUUUCGAGCCACAACACUUGCAAGCACCUUGAUGGAGCAGUAUAUGAAAGCCACUGCUACGCAAUUUGUUCAUCAUGCUUUGAAGGAUUCUAUUUUAAAGAUUAUGGAAAGCAAGCAGUCUUGUGAGUUAAGUCCAUCAAAGUUAGAAAAAAAUGAAGAUGUGAACACUAAUUUAACACACCUGUUGAACAUACUUUCAGAACUUGUAGAGAAAAUAUUCAUGGCUUCAGAAAUACUUCCUCCGACACUGAGAUAUAUUUAUGGGUGUUUACAGAAAUCUGUUCAACACAAGUGGCCAACAAACACCACUAUGAGAACCAGAGUUGUUAGUGGUUUUGUUUUCCUUCGACUUAUCUGUCCUGCUAUUCUGUAUCCACGGAUGUUUAAUAUCAUCUCAGAUUCCCCAUCUCCUAUUGCUGCAAGAACAUUGAUUUUAGUGGCUAAGUCUGUGCAGAAUUUAGCAAAUCUGGUGGAGUUUGGAGCUAAGGAACCCUAUAUGGAAGGAGUAAAUCCAUUCAUCAAAAGUAACAAGCAUCGUAUGAUUAUGUUCUUAGAUGAACUUGGUAAUGUACCUGAACUUCCAGACACUACAGAACACUCUAGAACUGACCUGUCCCGUGAUUUGGCAGCAUUGCAUGAGAUUUGUGUGGCCCAUUCAGAUGAACUGCGAACGCUUAGUAAUGAGCGUGGUGCACAGCAGCAUGUACUGAAAAAGCUUUUGGCAAUAACAGAACUGCUUCAACAAAAGCAAAACCAGUAUACAAAAACCAAUGAUGUCAGGUAGCAGCCUUCACCUCAGUGUUCUGCAUGAAUCCAGCAUGCCUAUCAUGGUAAUUCACAUCAGUAUAAUGUCUCCUUUGCUCUUGCCAAAAAACAGCACACCUUUCCACAUUCCCAGUGAUGUGUGAACUAUGCAAACAAAAUCCAAGAUGCUGCUGGUGAAUAACUGUGCCAGCAGCUUUGUAAGCUAUCUGUGCAGGAUAUUUGCACUUUUUCCACAUGGAUUCAAUCUUUACCAACCUCUGAGCCUUGGUGUACAGAUCACCUUUCACAAAACAAAAUGAUAUGACUGUAUCUUGAACUUUGAAAAUAUAUUUUCAAUAUAUCCAGUUGCCAAAGUUUUGCUGUCUCUUGGGAAAAGAACUAUGAAAUCAACUGACAAGAAAAAGCAUUCUCUCUUGACAAUUGACUGGAUUACAGACUGUUCUUACUGUAAUUUUUUCCUGUUUAGGAAUAUGACCGUUUGACUGUUCAAUGACUUUAUUUGUAUUUACAGUUUCCAGAGUUUGCCGUUACAAUAAAAACAAUCUUUCCUGUAUACUUUUUUAAAAUAUUGUGUGAUUUAUCUUGCUGGAACUGUUCAAAGAAAGUAUAUAGAAUGGAUCUAUUGCUCAUCAGCUUUAUUUUUUAAACAUACCACUUAUUUUGUUGGAAUUGUCAAAGACUGUAUCUAGAUCUCAUGUUUUUGUUAAAUGUUUACAACAGUAAAUCAUUUGAAUUCAAUAAAUAUUAUUGACCAUUGUAUGAUCAAUGCAUGUACCCAUUCAACCAUUUUAUGGAUUAUCAAUUUCCUUGUAUGUGAAACAAACAUAAAAGAAUGCUUUUGUUGAACAUAAUUAAUUCCAAGUUGAUUUUGAGUACCCCUUCAUGUAUCACCAGCCACUUACAAUUUCUCCAUCUUUAAAUUUCUAAUUACAUGUUGUAUCUGCUGGAUAUUUAGCUUGUAUAGUUUCAUUUGCUUCUGUAUGUGUAUUUUUGUGUAAUAUUCACAAAAUUUAAGUUAAAAUAAAAAUAAGGGUUAUCUUAUAUAAUGAAUUA